AUGGCGUGCCCAAUAACCGUCACCAAGUUCGUUGGCACCGUGUCUCUUGGCCUGCUGACGGGCCUAUCCUACUCGACUGCCUCAAUCACCAUUCCCGCCCUAAAGCUCCUCCCCACCGCAUCCACCGCAUCGCGCUGCCUCAAUGAAGUCAAGCGCCUAAACCGCAAACACGCACUGCGUCUAUCCAGCCUAACCAACACCUGUCUUCUAUUCGCAUAUACCAUCUCCUCUCCUCGACGAAAACACCCCUACAUGGUCUGGAUGUAUGUCGCGUCAACAUUGAGCUCGUACGGUUUAGACUUUUUCUUCAACCGCCAUAUUGGAUUCAGGAACUGGGCCCUUAUCACCAUUGAAGAUACCACGGGUUUGAGUCUUGGCGCGCAAUCGCAAGCCAAAAAAGAUGAGGAUAUCGUCAUGAUUGAAGACGAGGAUGAGAAUGUCAAUGGAGAGAGUGUUCAGCGUGAGAUGGACCGAGAGCGUCGGUUGCAGCGUGCGCGUACCUGGCUGGCUGGGAUUGCUUUCUCAAUGGGCAUUGUCGGACUGUGGGGAGACAAGAGAUGA